UCAAAAUAAAUAAUUCUAUAGAUGUUGGCUGUAAAUAGCAAAGAGUAGCAAUUCUAUUUAUACCUUACUGUCCUGAUUCGAUCUAAGCAUUAUUUCAUUAUAAAUGUAAAGGUGAUAAAAGAUAAACUUCAUGUAAUCUGGUCAGGACUCGACCAAUAUUGACAGGAUUUAGUGUGUGAACUCAAUCCAAACAUUUAUAGAUAUAGACUAAUUUUAUCACAGGUGGAGCACAAUGCAGUGCAUAUGUAAUAGGUUGAAAAUGCCAUGCAUCCAGUUUUUAGUUUAACAGAUACCCCCCCUAUUUUUGAAAUAUAACUGAACCAUUCUCACAGUUGUCAUGACAGUUGUGCUCCACGCCAGUGGGUGGCGCUGUGGUGCAGCAGUUGAUCUGAGGGACAACUGUUUGCGCAGGCUCAGUUAGUAGGCAUUUCAUAUUAAAUCUGAGGUCCUGCUGAACAAGACAUGUCUAACAGAUGUCAUCUUAAAUUCCACAGAUUUGUAUGUCUAUCGGUUACAGAUAGACAUGAAGCCUGUGAAACCCGUGCUGCUGGCCCAGAUUCCCCUAGAUCUGGUGCCGGUAACAAUUGGGGGCUAGCGACAACGCCUGGUGAAGUGGGUGCCAAGACAGCGUGAACCUUUGUCCAGUGCUUCAGGGAAGGCUGCAGUUAAGUGCGUCAUCCAGAGAGCAGAGGCCACCUGUGUAAUGUCAUCAUGGCCACUGUCACCCCUUGGAGGACGCUGGUCUUCUUUGAGUAUAAGCCAGCUACGGAGAGUUGUAAAUAACAUCAAUACAUCUAGGAGAGUUGAUGAGCUGAGUGAACUAGAACUGUAUGACCUAAUAGUUGAUUACAUAACAGGUGAAGGACUGACCGCCCUGAAGGAUGAAGGCAUGGCCCAACUCCUUUCCUUCAACAACAUGUUGAGUGACCUGCUGGCCACGGACCCCGGUGUGGAUGAAGUUGAGAUCGGAGAUUCAACAAGCCAUCAGCAGGGGAGCUCCACUCCCCCUCAUCCUGGGAUCAACCAUCUAGACGGUUAUCCAUCUCCACCGACCACAGACAGUUCCACACAUCCACCACACAUGGAAAGAGACAUUCACCCAGAUGCAUUGGCCACGAGAAGAGACACUGGUCCAAGAGUUUAGUAAUACUAAUCAGCAAGACAGGGAGAGUCCACAGCAGUUUUUGUACAAAAUAAUGGGUUUAAAGCAACAUGUUCUAUUUGAGUCACAACAGCCUGGUGCAGAAUUUAGCUAUGACAAACAUUUGGUUCAAGGUACCUUUCUGCACACCCUAUAUCCGGGGUUAAAUGAGAAAAACAGUCAUGUCCGACAAGACCUCAAACCCUUUCUCGCGAACUUACAGGUUAGUGACGACUUCCUUUUAGAUCAAAUCACUAAGUCUACGAGUGAAGAGGCAGAAAGACUAAAGCGCCUGGGCACAGUAGCAAAACCUCGACCAGUGACUGUGAGUACAGCCCAGCUUGACAGUAGUAACAGGAAAGCGAAAGUUGACACGGAGUAACAGGCUAACUGUGCUGCUAUUAGAGAACUGACAGCACAAGUGUCCUCCCUGACAAAAGAUUGCAAAACCUCCUGGCAGCUCUGUGACCCCAUGCGGACCCCUAACCACCAGCAGCCCAUCCUCAGCUUCCAUCAUCUGAGACCAGGGGAAAAUGCAGUAACUGUAUACAGCAGAGUAAGGUGAGCUGCCCUCACGGUUUUGUCUGUGGCCAAGCCGGUCAUCUUGCCAUUGGUUGUCUGCAGAGAAAGGUGUCGGGAAACGGGGUGAGGUCACUAGAGAGGGGCAACCAGUGACUGUGACAGCUGAGGAGCCCACAGCACAAGCCAGUUAUUCUAAAACAGCGAGCCGUAGGGAAGUGUCAGCACCGUCCCAACCACCACUAAGAAAGCGAUGUAUGGUCUCAUAUGCUAUCAAUAGAGUCCCUCUGGAAAUGUUGCUUGACUCAGGGUCCCAAGUUACUAUGGUAGAGAGAGCAUGGAUAGACAAAGCACUUCCACAUGUUCGUAUCCAGCCACUCGAAUCCCUCUUUUCUGAGCAGCCUUUGGAGAUCACUGCAGCUAAUGGUACAGCCGUUCAUUCUGAUGGCUGGGUAGCUGAUGCCACUGUUAAUCAGCAACCACAUCCUGAACUGUCCUCUGUUAGGCAGUAAUGUUACUGCUGAAACAAAUCAAAACAAAUCAAGAUGAGACAGAUAUUUCCUCUUUGCUUAAAGAAGCCUUAAGCAUCAGUGAUAGUGCAGUGGAAGCGCAAGUUUCUAACCUCCAGGUUCUUAUUCCUGAUGCAAUAGCUUAUUAAUACGGCGUGAGAACACGGAAAGAGAGAUCUAAACAUUCCUGCGGGGCAGAUUUUUGAGCUGAAGUGUAGAGUCAGAGAGUGGCCAAGUGCGGGACUAUGUUCUUUCAACCUAACCUAGUGAGUGACUAUCCUGAAGGGUUAGAGCUGUUGCCAGCUUUGGUAGAUAUUUAAAGUGGGUACACAAAAGCUGUUAAAAUCUUCAUUCAGAACCCCACUAAACAUGAUAUUGACCUCGCAAAGAGAACAGUUUUAGGCACAUUGGAGGAAUUUACAGCAGUGACACCAGUUAACAGUUUUUUAUUCGGUUCAAAGCCACAUCCAACAGUUAAUGUCUACUCAGCUUAGCGCAAAACAGAUGAGCCGCGAGAAGCGAGUGAGAGACAUGAAACGCCAGACAGGACAGAACAGAGAUGGCACCCUCCGGUAGAUGUGUCACAUCUGGAAGAGGAUGAGCAAAGGAUAGUCAGAGACAUGUUGUAUGAAGAGUCAGAUGUGUUUGCUAAAGAGGACUCCGACAUUGGUUGCAUCCCAAACUUAUGACUGAAAAUUCACCUGCAGGAUGAAACACCAGUCCAAGCGUCUUACAAUUCAGUUCCCAACCCCCUGUACUAAGAGGUACAAAGAGACAAUAUCCAUAACCUGCUCGACCAUGGCUGGAUCAGAAAGUCCACCUCCCCCUACUCCCGCAAAACUGUCGCAGACCGCCACCCUCUUCCACGCAUCCAAGAUCUGUUAGAUAACUUGGGAGGCUACUCCUGGUUCUCAAUACUCGACCAAGGCAGUGCUUACCACCAAGGUUUUGUUGAUGAGAGCUGCAGACAUCUGACUGCUUUCAGCACGCCUUGGGGACUAUAUGAGUGGAUCCGCCUCCCAUUUGGCCUUACUAACGCCCCAGCCGCAUUUCAAAGGUGCAUGGAGGGAGUGCUUGAUGGUUUAAGAGAUGAGUGCUGCUCUCCAUACUUGGAUGACGUUCUUGUUUUUCUAAGACCUUUCGUAGCCACGUUGAUGACCUGAAGCAGGUACUUUGCCGCCUGCGAGAGCAUGGUUUUAAACUACGCCCAAACAAAUGUGAGCUGUUUAAAAGUCAAGUUAGAUAUGAAGGGCGGCUAGUGACCAGUGAAGGUAUCCAGAUAGACCCUAAUGAUCUUGAAGCAGUUCAACAUUUUAGGGAUAGAGAGCCAAAGAAUAUAGGUGAGGUCAGAGCUCCUCUAUUCCUAGGAUAUUAUCGAACCUUCAUACAGGAUUUUUCCCGGAUAGGCAGACCACUGUUUAAACUCAUCGACAGUACAAGUGAGUCAAGCCAAACACCCAGCUCAGGAAGUUCUAGCAAAGCCAUGCCAAAGGUUUAAGAAGUGGUCAGUUAUCAUCCAAGACCCCGGUCCAGUGGACACCAGAACAUAGUGCUAUGGUGUCGCGCCUUGUUGACAGUCCACCCAUAUUGGCCUACCCAGACUUUAAUUUGCCCUUUGUUCUCCACACUGACGUAUCAAAUGAAGGCCUGGGAGCUGUGCUCUAUCAACAACAGGGAGAGAAACUCCAUGUCAUUGCUUACGGGUCCAGGACCCUCACGCCGGCUGAAAAGAACUAUAACUUUCACUCAGGAAAGCUUGAGUUUCUGGCGCUGAAGUGGGCAAUUUAUGAUAAUUUAAAGAUUAUCUUUAUUAUGCCCCCACCUUCACCGUAGAUACGGAUAAUAACCCCCUUACUUACAUCCUGAGCACCGCCAAGUUGAACGCUGUAGGACACCGCUGGGUGGGUGAGUUACCGACUUCCAUUUCACCAUUAAAUAUCGGCCAGGCAAGGCAAACGCAGACGCUGACACCCUGUCAAGAUAUCCAGUGCCACUUCACGACCACCUUAACGAGUUUUUAGAGACAAUGCCCCCAGAUGUGAUCUCUGCCAUCUGGCAGGGGAACAAAGCUGCCGAAGACGGUGAUGUAUCCUGGGUGGCCGCACUGCAGAUGAAGCCAGUUGAGGAUGAACCACCUCCACCUGAAGGGAUUCCAGUUAUCACCCCUGGAAGCAUCAAAGCUGCUCAGAAGGAAGAUGCUCCCAUCUGUGAGGUGAUAAACCUGAAAAAAAGAGGAUGCAAUCCUAAUGACAAAGAUAAACGUCAGAUGUGUAGAGAGACACGCAGGCUACUCCACGAGUGGAACAGACUUACACUUGACCAGGAAAUAUUAUACAGGCAGAUAGGACAAAGGAAACAGUUGGUUCUCCCCAAUAAGCUUAAAUCUACUGUACUAAAACAUCUUCAUGAUGAUAUGGGACAUGUUGGUGCAGAUAAAGUCAUCCACUUGGUUAGGGAGAGGUAUUAUUGGCCUUUUAUGCAGCGUGAAAUUGAAGAUAACGUCAUUCGCCAGUGCCAGUGUAUUAAACAGAAGCAGCCAGGCAUUCCAAAGAUAGCACCUAUGGGUUCAAUAACAUCCAUUGCGCCCUUUGAGCUCAUCUCUGUUGAAUACCUCCGUCUUGCAAAGAGUAAAGGUGGUUAUGAGUACAUUUUAGUCGUUGUAGAUCAUUUUACUCGCUUUGCACAAGCCUAUCCAACCAAGAACAAAUCAGGCAGGACAGCAGCUGAGAAAAUCUUCAUUGACUUUAUCCCACGCUUCGGGUAUCCUGAAAAGUUGCAUCAUGAUCAAGGUCGGGAGUUUGAGAAUAGUGUUUUCCAGAGACUCCAACAACUAGCAGAAAUAUCUCAUUCUCGAACCACGCCUUAUCAUCCACAGGGGAAUCCUGUCGAGCGUCUAAAUAGGACACUACUACAGAUGCUUCACACUCUGCAGGAAGAGAAAAAGGCUGAGUGGAAAGACCAUCUACCUCAUAUAGAACAUGCGUAUAACUGUACCAGACAUGAGGGAACGGGCUAUUCACCAUUCUUUCUAUUGUAUGGCAGAACCCCACGCUUGCCUGUUGAUUUACUCUUUGAUUUAAAACCUGAAUCAGAGUCCCAGUCUAGACAAGAGUAUGCACAGAAAUGGGCAUCUUGCAUGCAAGAGGCAUAUAAGAUAUUUUCAGAGAACAGUGGUAAGAGCUCAGCUAAAGGGAAGAAGUACUAUGAUCGGCAUGUGAAAGGCAUUGUGCUGCAGCCGGGAGACCGGGUGCUUGUCAGAAAUCUGUCAGAGAGGGGUUGGCCAGGUAAACUUCGCUCUUACUGGGAAAAGAGAAUUCAUCAGGUUAUUGAAAAGAUUGGAAAUGGACCGGUGUAUAAAGUUCAACCAGAAACAGGAGAGCGAAAGCUUUGUGUCCUACAUCGCAACCUUCUGUUACUUGUUAAUGACUUACCCUUGGAACAGAGUGUACAUGCUCCCGAGAAAAGACGGAAACAGAGAAACAGUCGGGUUUAUCCUAGUCAAACAGUUGACAGGGAGUCUGAACAUUCAGAUGAUGAGGAAGAGUAUACUUAUUGUCUAAGGUCAAUACUUGUCUAUGAAAGGAGAAAAAUCAGUGCCCGGUCAGAACUAGGAAAUGAACUCAGAUCCGUAGCUCCUGAAUUUCAGCCAGUGAGACUAGUGACUGAGACAGCUCAAAUGCAACAGCCACAUGAACUUGAUCCGGAUCUAGUUCCAAGGCCAGUACAGAUGGUAAUACCGGCAACAACACCACCAGCUGAGGGACAAGUGAGGGAUGAUAUAAUGGAGGCAGUGGUGGAGGAGCAGGGAGACGGUGAAUCUGUCACAGAGCUGCCAGAGGAGGACAUGCAAACGUUAAGGAGGUCAACCAGAGCAAUGAAACCUCGAGAGAUGCUCACAACCAUUUUGGACAGCCUUCAUACCAGCCAUGGAGGCCAGGAGUAAAUAUGAUGGUUGCCUGCGUUCCUUACCCCAUGUCGUGUUUCCCAGCUAUCCCUGGACCCUGCUACUACACUGUACCAAUAUGGACAUACUAGUCAGGUGACGGUAUACUGUGAUUUAAUUGACAUUUUGACAAUGCGACAAACUGACCAUUGACAUUCAGACUUGCUAGACUUUUGACAGGUACACUUUACUUUUGUUAGUUUGGUUCUAGAUGCCCGGAGACAUCUCUUAAAGCAGGGGAGAGUGUUAUAGGUUGAAAAUGCCAUGCAUCCAGUUUUUCGUUUAACAGAUUAAAAACAGGAAUUGGUUUAUGUUACGUGUGUAUGAGAAAUAUUCAGGGUGUAUGUGUCUGUGUGUAAUCAGAGUAGCGUGUGGAUGAGUCAGUGUAGUAAUUUAUGUCCAGAAAAUGUGUUUGUCUUGUUAAUAACUAUUUAUGUAUAUGUAAUUUCAUGUUUGUAUUUAUUUUUUAGGUUAAUAGAAUUGACCUAAAUCAGAAUUUGUAAGUUGUGAUAUAAUUGACACAUUAAAUCUGAGGUCCUGCUGAACAAGACGUGUCUAACAGGUGUCUUCUUAAAUGUCUAUCGGUUACACAGUGCUCUCUAGCCUGUGAAAACCGUGCUGCUGGCCCAGAUUCCCCUAGAUCUGGUGCCGGUAACACAAACGAACCUUCAGCAUAUUUUAUUUCAAAUUUAUUAUUCUAACUGUUCAGCCAACAUUCUGCCAAACUGAUAAAACAGGUAUUUGAAAGCUUAAGUUCUGCAUCAUCCACCAAGGCUUGAAUAGCAUUUUAUAAAUAAAGGCAAAUUUAGAAAAAAGGUGUAAGGGAAAUGUAAAAUGUGACAUACUUUGAUUGAUCAUGAUGAAUCAUCUAACAAAUGUAACUUUGAUAAUGCUGUUUUCCUGUUGAACUGAAUGAGUGUGGGCCUGAGUACUUCAGUCACAGUAAUUGAAUUAGUCUGGACACAGUGUGAUAGUAAUUAACUAUUCAGGCAAAUGAUUGAUGUAAAGAACCACUCUGAUGUAUAGAAAGAUGAGCCAAAGUAUCCCUGAGAACUCAGGAUGUUGCUCCACCAACUGAUCUCCUAUAAUUUUCUCACCUACAAAUUCACCUAACAAAGACUUUACAGCACGAGGGAUUUAUUGUGGGUGUAAACAUAAAGAAGGGAUCUAGGAAAUAUAUGUUACACUCCAGGGGUCUGAGAGCAGAUUGACAGUAAGAUGUUUGAAUUGCUGCCUUUCUUGCAUGUCAUUAACUGUUUAACCACCCCCUCCCAAAUGUAUAAAUACCAACCACUGUCUUCUGUCUGGGUGCAUAUGACAAACUCAACUCUGUUGUAUGUAUCAUGCUCGAGCAUUAAAUGUGUGACA